UUGUCCUCAAUCUCAGCAGCACAUACAUUUUCCACUCAAUUUUCCCUUUUCAAUUUCUAUAACUAAAAUGAAAAAUCCAUCUUCCUUUUUGUUCCUCCCAAGAAACCCAUUCCCCAUUAAUCCACCACAGCUUUGCUUCGCUGCCAUUGUUAAAGAAAUAAAGAACCCCCUUUAAGCUCAGACCUCAUUAUUUUCACUGUCGGAAAGAAACCCUAAUUUUCUGGGCUUUUAUUGCUUUGUGGGCAGCAGAGCUCUGUUAUUAAUGGCGAUGGAGGCCAAGAAUUUAGGUUUUUUCAACUGGGUUUCUCUCUCUAGUAUUCUCAUACUAGCACCUCUUGUUUGCUCCAAGAAUCAUGGAAACGCUGCAAACGAUCUACUCGAGAUCAUUAACAAGAAUCGAACGGCCCAAAACCUCCCUAACGUAACCGAAAAUCGAGGGCUAGGAUGCAUCGCUCUGCAGUACGCUCAACAAUGCAGAGGAAACUGCACAAGCAACAAUACUCUACAUUGCCAUGCGCAAGAAGACGACUUCACCGAAAUCUUCGCUCCAAAUUGUGGAGUUGAACUCCCGACUUUCGGGUCCAUAUCGGGAACCGUCUUAGGGUGCCAACAAAAAUAUUUACACCCACAAGAAGCGUUCUCGAGUUUACUAUUUCCAGGUCCAAAAAAACUAUCUCUAGUAAAAAACGGGAGUUUUACGCAAGUUGGAGUGGGGAUAAUCGGGGGGAGAAAAAAGGGUAAAGGGCCUUACAUUUGGUGCGUUUUGUUUAGUGAUAGUAAAGGGAGAAACGCUACGACUUUUGUUCUUGAAGAUGUUGGUAAAGGGAUUGAGCAAAAGAGUGGGUGUUAUAGUGGAACUAGCUUCGAUUGUAGUCAAGGAGACAAGCGUUUCGAUGUGGUGAGAAAAUUGUUGGUACUUUUGAUGUUCGUUAGUUUAUCGGUUCAAUUUUUCGAUCUUUUAUAGGUUUUGUUGAACGUGUGAAAAAAGUCGAAUUUAUAUCGAAGAUAUGAAUGGAUUCUCUAUUUAAGCACGUGAACUUGUCUCUAUUUUAGACUGUCAUUUUGCUGGUACUAAUACAAUGGAAGUGUUUAAGGUGAUGUAUAUGUGCCAUUUGUGCAAUUGGAAUAGAUUUUCCGGAUUUCGUCGA